AUGAGGCUGCUGUGGAAGCCGCUGGAUAAGAUGCGGUGCUGCAGGAAGCGCUCCAUGCUGCCGCUGCUGGGAUGUCUCCUCACCUCGCUGCUCUUCUUCAACCUCUACACGGACGACGGAUAUGUGCUGGAGGCUGAGAAACGGCGGCUGGGAGACACCUUGAUGCACCCUCCAAACUCUGACCGAUACGUCCACACGUUCAGAGACUUAUCCAACUUCUCCGGGACCAUUAACGUGACGUAUCGCUACCUGGCAGGAAUUCCUUUAUCACGGAAAAAGUUUCUCACCAUCGGCUUGUCAUCUGUCAAGCGGAAAAAAGGAAACUACCUCCUGGAAACCAUCAAGUCCAUCUUUGACCAGUCCAGCUACGAGGAACUGAAGGAGAUCGUGGUUGUGGUCCACCUGGCAGACUUCGAUCUGGUCUGGUGUGAGAAUCUGGUCCAAGAAAUCCACCGGAAGUUUGCUCAUCACAUCAUCGCCGGGCGGCUCCUGGUCAUCCAGGCCCCGGAGGACUUCUAUCCGUCUCUGGACGGGCUGAAGAGGAACUACAACGACCCGGAGGACCGGGUGCGAUUCCGCUCCAAGCAGAACGUGGACUACGCCUUCCUGCUCAACUUCUGCACCAACCUGUCCCACUUCUACAUGAUGCUGGAGGACGACGUGCGCUGCUCCAGGAACUUCCUGACGGCGCUGAAGAAGGUGAUCGCCUCCAGGGAGGGCUCCUACUGGGUGAUGCUGGAGUUCUCCAAGCUGGGCUACAUCGGGAAGCUGUACCACUCCAGGGACCUGCCGCGCCUGGCACACUUCCUGCUCAUGUUCUACCAGGAAAUGCCCUGCGACUGGCUGCUCAUCCACUUCAGAGGCCUGCUGGCCCAGAAGGACGUGAUCCGCUUCAAGCCCUCGCUGUUCCAGCACAUGGGCUACUACUCCUCGUACAAAGGCGCCGAGAACAAGCUGAAGGACGACGACUUCGAGGAGGACUCCGUCGACAUUCCCGACAACCCUCCCGCCAGCCUGUACACCAACAUCAACGUCUUCGAGAACUACGACGCCACCAAGGCCUACAGCAGCAUCGUGGACGAGUAUUUCUGGGGGAAGCCUCCGUGCACGGGAGACUUCUUCCUCAUCAUCUUCAACAAAUCGACCAAAGUCAGCAGGAUUAAGAUAGUGACGGGAACAGAGGACCGGCAAAACGACAUCCUGCACCACGGAGCCCUGGAGGUCGGCCAGAGGUCGGUGGAGACCAAGCAGGGGCGGCAGUGCAGCUCCUACAUCACGCUGGGGGAGUUCAAGGUGGGGAAGAUCGAGGUGAGCGGCGUGGACCACAAGAUCGGCUUCGACAUCGAGUGCGUGCGGAUAGUGAUCACGGCCGGCCAGAAAGAGUGGCUCAUCAUCAGGACUAUCAGCCUAUGGACCACGCAGCCCGGCAGCCCGCUGCAGCAGUGA